GCUGUGGUAACUAGUGACAGCCGUCUACUAGGCACUAACGUUGGGUGCUAGCUUGUCCUCUUCGCAGCGGUAAAAGCUGUAUAAUGUUCUUACUACCCGUUUGUCUUGAUUCGUAAACAUGUCUGCAAAAGGAGUAGGAACGAGGGGUUUUUAUUUCAACACUGUAUUGUCCCUGGCGCGUUCUUUGGCCGCACACCGCCCAGCACCGAUAGAUAAGGUCCAAAAGCUUCAAUGCAUGUGUCCAGUGGACUUCCGAGGGGUGUUCCAGCUGGACGAGAGGAGGAGGGAUGCGGUCCUAGCUCUGGGUAUCUUCCUGGUCAAAUCUGACCUACAGCACAAAGACUCUAUUGUCCCCUACCUGCUGGGGCUGCUGAAGGGACUUCCCAGAGUCCAGUGGAUCGAAGAAAGCUCUGGAAGCAAAGGGCGGGAUAUCCUUCCGGUGGCAGAGAACUUCUGCUUCUGUCUGGUCACUCUUCUGUCAGACGUGGCCCAGCGAGAUGACACCCUGCGAGGACAGAUCGUGGAGGCCGUCAUGGACAUAAUGCAGGUCCUGCUGGACAUCUGCUUGAACUCAGAGGGACAUGAUAAAGAAUACCUGUGCAGGUACACUGUGCCCUGCUUGUUGGGUGUGGCCCGGGCCUUUGGUCGCUAUAGCAACACGGAGGAGCCCCUGCUGUCCAAGCUGUUUCCGCGGACAGAAGCCCCGCCAGUGUCCACUGGCAAUGAUGUCGACCCAUCACGACGGCGCUCCUUCAACGACUUCCGCUCCAUCAUGCCUGCCUCGCUGCUCACAGUCUGUCAGGGAGACACCAUCAGACGCAAAGGAAGCUCCGUGUCCAGCAUAUCACAACAGGCCAGUCCAGAGAGAGCAGGACUCACCCCCAGCUCCCCAGCUGACCCCUCAGCACAGUACUUUGAAGGCUCCUAUCUCCCUGAUGGUAGUGCUGUGGACCCAGACUAUUACUUCUCCACCAUCAGUUCUAGUUUCUCUGUGUCUCCUCUGUUUACGGGCAGUGCCCAGGGAGAGUUUGACGUCCCUCUGGACGUUCUGCGCCAGCUCCUCAACAUGGUUGAGCAGUUUGUCUCUGAAUCCUUUCUGAAAACACUGGAUAACACCCUGCAGGAACUUCUGGAGUUGAACCCAGGGAUGCACCUGCACUAUAGGACCUUCAGUGACCCUCUGUAUGUGACCAUCUUCAAGAUGCUCAGAGACACGCUGUACAACCUGAAAGACCUGCAGACAGGCUAUGUGAAGGAGGUUCAUGACUUUGUGCUGAAGCAGUUCAGUAGUAGCCAGUCAGAGCUGCAGAGGAUCCUACAUGAUGUAGAUCACCUCCACAGUGAACUGAGUCCUCUGAAGCUACGCUGCCAGGCUAACGCUGCCUGUGUCGACCUCAUGGUCUGGGCUGUCACUGAGGAGCAGGGAGCUGAGAACCUGUGUACCAAGCUGUCAGAGAAACUGCAGUCCAAGACCUCCAGUAAAGUUAUCAUCGCUCACAUUCCCCUGCUCGUCUGCUGUCUACAGGGUUUGGGUCGUCUCUGUGAGCGGUUCCCGGUGGUGGCCCACUCUGUCACCACGUCUCUCAGAGACUUCCUGGUGGUCCCCUCACCUGUCCUUGUAAAGCUGUACAAGUACCACAGCCAGAACACCACAGGGACUGGCGAGAUCAAGAUCCAUGUGACCAAUGAGCACUCCCAGUCUACGUUCAGUACUCACGCUAAUAAGAAGAGCCAGCCCUCCAUGUACGAACAGCUCCGAGACAUCUCCAUUGACAACAUCUGCAGGUGUCUGAAGGCAGGUCUGACUAUGGACAGUGUUAUAGUGGAGGCUUUCCUGGCCAGCCUGUCCAACCGUCUCUACAUCUCUCAGGAGAAUGACAAGGAGGCCCAUCUGAUCCCAGACCACACCAUCAGAGCGCUGGGUCACAUCGCGGUGGCUCUGAGGGACACGCCACGCGUCAUGGAGCCCAUCCUGCAGAUCCUACAGCAGAAGUUCUGCCAGCCACCGUCACAGCUAGACGUACUCAUUAUAGAUCAGCUGGGAUGCAUGGUCAUCACUGGGAACCAAUAUAUCUACCAGGAGGUGUGGAACCUGUUCCAGCAGAUCAGUGUGAAGGCCUCCUCCAUGGUCUACUCCACCAAGGACUACAAGGACCAUGGAUACAGACACUGUUCCCUGGCUGUGAUCAAUGCAUUAGCUAACAUAGCUGCCAACCUGGCAACCGAGCAGAUGGUUGAUGAGUUGCUGGUCAACCUACUGGAGCUGUUUGUCCAGCUAGGACUGGAGGGAAAGAGGGCCAGCGAGAGGGCUUCGGACAAGGGCCCUGCACUGAAGGCAUCGAGCAGUGCUGGAAACCUUGGAGUACUCGUUCCUGUUAUUGCUGUGCUGACGAAGCGUCUACCGCCCAUCAAGGAAGCGAAGCCUCGUCUACAGAAGCUGUUCAGAGACUUCUGGCUCUACUCUGUGGUGAUGGGUUUCGCUGUUGAGGGAUCAGGUCUGUGGCCAGAGGAGUGGUAUGAGGGAGUGUGUGAGAUCGCCACCAAGUCUCCCCUCCUCACCUUCCCCAGUGGAGAACCUCUACGCUCUGAACUACAGUACAACUCUGCCCUGAAGAACGACACAGUCACAGCGGCGGAGCUGAAUGACCUGAGGAGCACCAUUAUAAACCUGCUAGAUCCUCCUCCUGAGGUGUCUGCUCUCAUCAACAAACUAGACUUCGCCAUGUCUACCUACCUACUGUCUGUCUACAGGCUGGAGUACAUGAGGAUGCUGCGCGCUCUGGACUCUGACCGUUUCCAGGUGAUGUUCCGCUACUUUGAGGACAGAGCCAUCCAGAAGGACAAGUCUGGUAUGAUGCAGUGUGUGAUAGCGGUGGGGGACAAGGUGUUUGAGGUCUUCCUACACAUGAUGGCUGAGAAGCCGAAGACUAAAGCCCAUGAGGAGGAGUUGGAGCGCCACGCUCAGUUCCUAUUGGUCAACUUCAACCACGUCCACAAGCGGAUCCGUAGGGUGGCCGACAAAUACCUGUCAGGUCUGGCCGAAACGUUCCCUCACCUGCUGUGGAGUGGCCGUGUACUGAAGACGAUGCUGGACAUCCUGCAGACUCUCUCCCUUUCCCUCAGUGCAGACAUCCAUAAGGACCAGCCUUACUAUGACAUCCCAGACACCCCCUACAGGAUCACUGUGCCAGACACAUACGAGGCCAGAGAGAGCAUAGUGAAGGACUUUGCUGCUCGCUGCGGGGAGAUCCUGAAGGAGGCCAUGAAGUGGGCCCCCUCUGUCACCAAGUCACACCUACAGGAGUACCUAAACAAGCAUCAGAACUGGGUGUCCGGUCUGUCCCAGCACACUGGCCUGGCCAUGGCAACAGAGAGCAUCCUGCACUUCGCUGGCUACAACAGACAGAGCACUACACUAGGGAUCACCCAGCUGACAGAAAGGCCAGCCUGUGUGAAGAAGGACUACUCCAACUUCAUGGCUUCACUCAACCUGAGAAACCGCUAUGCCGGAGAGGUGGCAGGUAUGAUCCAUUUCAGUAAGGCAGUGCGUAGCCAGUCAGACCUGUCCAGGCUGAUGGUCAGACAGACGACAGAGGCUCUAGAUGCCCAGAACCCUGAGGCCUUCACUGAGAACAUGUUCAAACUGGCAGCACUGCUCAUCAGCACUAAAGAAUGUGAUCCUCAGCUGCUGCACCACCUGUGUUGGUCUCCUCUGAAGAUGUUUACAGAACACGGCAUGGAGACGGCUAUCGCCUGCUGGGAGUGGCUGCUGGCUGCUCGCACAGGAGUAGAGGUCCCGUUCAUGCGUGAGAUGGCGGGGGCGUGGCAGAUGACAGUGGAGCUGAAGAUGGGCUUGUUCUCUGAUGCGCAGGUGGAGGCUGAUCCCCUAGCAGCCUCGGAGGAGAGUCAGCCUGUCCCUUGUCCCCCCGCCGUCACACCUCACUGCAUUUGGAUAGAGUUCUUGGUCCAAAGGUUUGAGAUAGCUAAGUAUUCCAGUGAAGACCAGGUGGAGAUAUUCGGCAGCCUAUUACAACGCUCGCUCUCCCUCAAUGUGGGCGGAGCCAAGAGCAACCUCAACCGCCACGUAGCCGCCAUCGGACCCCGCUUCAGGCUCCUUACUCUGGGUCUAGCACUGCUCCAUUCUGACGUAGUCACCAACGCCACCAUCAGGAAUGUCCUCCGAGAGAAGAUCUACUCCACCGCCUUCGACUACUUCAGUGCCCCCCCUAAGUUCCCUACCCAGGGGGACAAGCGUCUGCGUGAGGACAUCAGCUUCAUGAUCCGUUUCUACGCCAGCAUCCUGUCAGACAAGAAGUACCUGGCGGCGUGCCAGCUGGUCCCUCCCGACAACCAGGACCCGUCGUUGAACAGUCUGUCAGUGAUGACGGCCCAGGAGCCCAGGAGCACCAUGUCUCAUGACUCCCGCUCCCAGCAGAGUGGCCAGAGUGGCUGGAUCAACACCUACCCUCUGUCCUCUGGCAUGUCCACCACCUCCAAGAAGUCAGGCAUGUCUAAGAAGAGUAACAGAGGGACUCAGCUCCAUAAGUACUACAUGAAGCGUCGGACCCUGCUGCUGGCCUUACUGGCCAGUGAGAUUGAGCGGUUGACUACCUGGUACAACCCUCUGUGCACCCAGGAGUUGGCCAUUGCUACAGAACAGUCCGUGGAGACCAGCAUCGCCAACUGGAGGUCCAAGUACAUCAGCCUCAGUGAGAAACAGUGGAAAGACAAUGUCAACCUGGCCUGGGGUAUAUCUCCUUACCUGGCUAUGCAGCUACCAGCCAGGUUUAAGAACGAUGUGAUCGUGGCUGAGGUGACCCGGCUGGUAAGGCUGGACCCUGGAGCGGUCAGCGACGUACCUGAGGCUGUCAAGUUCCUGGUGACAUGGCACACCAUUGAUGCAGAUUCUCCAGAGCUGAGUCAUAUCCUGUGUUGGGCUCCUGCUGACCCUCCCACCGGCCUGUCCUACUUCUCUUCCAUGUACCCCCCUCACCCCCUUACUGCUCAGUAUGGGGUCAAAGUACUACGGUCCUUUCCUCCGGAUGCCAUCCUGUUCUACAUUCCUCAGAUUGUUCAGGCCCUGCGCUAUGACAAGAUGGGGUAUGUGAGGGAGUACAUCCUGUGGGCGGCCCAGAAGUCUCAGCUGUUGGCCCACCAGUUCAUCUGGAACAUGAAGACUAACAUCUACCUGGACGAGGAGGCACACCAUAAAGACCCCGACAUCGGGGAUCUGUUGGAGGAGAUGGUUGAGGAGAUAAUAGGUGCUCAGUCUGGUGCAGCUAAAGACUUUUUCCAGAGAGAGUUUGACUUCUUCGACAAAAUCACCAACGUAUCUGCCAUCAUCAAGCCCACCCCAAAGGGAGAUGAGAGGAAGAGGGCCUGUCUCAAAGCUCUGUCUGACAUCAAAGUCCAGCAAGGCUGCUACCUGCCCAGUAAUCCAGAGGCCAUCGUAUUGGACAUCGACUACAAGUCUGGAACACCCAUGCAGAGUGCUGCCAAGGCCCCGUACCUGGCUAAGUUCAAGGUGAAACGUUGUGGGGUCAGUGAGCUGGAGAAAGAGGGUCUGCGUUGUCAGACUGACUCCCAGGACGUGGAGUCGGGUGAAGAUGUAGCUCGCAGGAUCGUCUGGCAGGCCGCCAUCUUUAAAGUGGGAGACGACUGCAGACAGGACAUGCUGGCUCUCCAGAUCAUUGGUCUGUUUAAGAACAUCUUCCAACUUGUGGGUCUGGACCUGUUUGUGUUUCCCUACAGAGUUGUGGCUACUGCCCCUGGGUGUGGUGUGAUUGAGUGUAUCCCAGACUGUAAAUCCCGUGACCAACUGGGCAGACAGACAGACUUUGGGAUGUAUGACUACUUCAGAAACCAGUAUGGAGAUGAGUCCACUCUGGCCUUCCAGAAGGCGAGGUAUAACUUCAUCCGUAGUAUGGCUGCUUACAGCCUGCUGCUCUUCCUGCUACAAAUCAAAGAUAGACACAACGGGAACAUCAUGCUGGACAGCAAGGGACACCUUAUCCACAUAGACUUUGGCUUCAUGUUUGAGAGUUCUCCUGGUGGUAACCUGGGCUGGGAGCCGGACAUCAAGCUGACAGAUGAGAUGGUGAUGAUCAUGGGAGGCAAGAUGGAAGCCACUCCCUUCAAAUGGUUCAUGGAGCUGUGUGUCAGGGGGUACCUGGCCGUCAGGCCCUACAUGGAUGCAGUGGUGUCUCUAGUCACUCUGAUGCUGGACACUGGACUACCGUGCUUCAGAGGACAGACCAUCAAACUGCUCAAGCAGCGGUUCAACCCCAGUAUGAGUGAGAAGGAGGCGGCUGCUUUCAUCAUCAAGGUCAUCCAGAGCUGCUUCCUCAGCAGCAGGAGCAAGACCUAUGAUAUGCUUCAGUAUUACCAGAACCAGAUCCCAUACUGAAGACCUGCUGCAGUAUUAUCACAUACCUGUCUGAUAUGAGUUCUUAUUCCUUAUAUAGGCAGUAACCUCUUCUUUAGACUCUAUGUAAGGUCAGAGGUUGUCCUAUAUACUAAGUAAUUAUCCUUGGCUUGCUAGCCAGCUAGCGUCCAGCAACUUAUGCACUUUAUAGAUCGCUGUAUUUCACCCACCUGAUUGGACCCUGAUCAAGAGCUGUUAUGCUAGACUAGAGAAAUCACACUAACCAAUCAACCAAACAACCAAUCACACAACCUGUAACUGAACUCCAAUACAAUCAGCAAAUCCCACGAUCAUAAUCCAUAUAUCACAUAUCAAUGUCUUGAUGCAAUCACAUAGUGAGUGUCCCCGUCCUGUAGUCAAAAGCCAUGAGUAGAUAUUUUCUCUGGGGACAUUUCUAAUGGUGGAGCUAUUGACUAUAUCUGUCUUGAGUCAGUCACAUACUGUGUGUGUAUCCGCCCCAAGGUUGGUGGGUCCAGUACAGAAUAAACCAGUGUUGUUUACCUAAUAACCCACUAACUCUGCAUGUCUCAUGACCAGACCUUCUAGUAGUAACAUUCUUAAACAGGUGUGUGUGUGUGAGAGAUUCUGUUUGGAGACAUUCCUCUUUCUGCACAAAGGAAGAUUUUAUUCACCUUCAAUCCUGUAGUUGAAUCUCCGGGAUUUGUGUUUAGUAUUACAAUGGUGGUGGUGAUUUUACAAUGACAAUGAAGACUCAAAAAGCCAUUUCUCUAAACCUUGGCACAAACAGAAGGGUGGUAAUUACAUGACAACUAUACUCCUCUGAUGUUAUGCUAGAUGUUACCUUCUUAAUGUGUGUCAACAUAUGAGAUUGCUGUCAUAAUCUCUUCAGAAACCCUUCUGUUUAUGAAGAUAUUUUAGUUGGUAGUCUGUAAAGAUAAUUCAUCUUACAUCUAUCAUUUUAGAUUAGAUGGUAUAUAUUAUUUUUGAUCUGAAUGGAUAUGUUAUUAUUUUACUUGGGGUAUUUCAUCUUAAACAUCCAUGUAUGUAUUACAGAGUAUGUUUGUAAUAUAACGUGGGCGGCAGGUCAGCUAGCGGCGAGGAACCGAAAGGUCGCUGGUGUGAAUGCCCCCAGCUGACUAGGUAUCUACCAAUGUGCCCUUGAGCAAGACACUUAUUCAUAGUGACUUACAGGAGCAAUUAGGGUUGAUAGUGUCUGCUAAAUGAGUAAAAAUUGACAUGUGAAGUAUAUUACGGUGUACUGUAUUUCAGGGCUCUACAGUGUAACCAUUUUACUCACAUAUGCGCCUAAAUGUUCUGCUGUGUGACCUGGAGGUUUAAUGUAGGCGUACCAGUGCACCUAGAAAAUUUUUAACGAUUCUAGCUUUAAUACUUCAAAUAUUUUUCAUUGUGCGUAUUCUUUGUGCUUACAUUUUUCAACUUAGGUGCACACGUGCUCAUUGUAAAAAAAGAUCAGCGUAGAGAGCCCUGCUAUGUACUGUAGGUUCUAAUGGCUAACAGGACAUGCAUUUCAGACCAAUGGGAUGAUAAAGAGCUGUUCCAUUAUUAGUAUUUUUAUUAGACUGUUGUAUUGUGAUAAAGUACUGAAACAUAAA